AAGCGCGUUUUGUAGCCCAAUUGGGCUGUUCCAGGACCUAGUGAACCUUUAAGAGCGCGGGUCAUAUCUAGGAAAUUCUGCUGAAUCAUUCAGACAUGGUUAACGUACAACUGCAGUAAAGCUUACCAUAAAUUAGAAGAGUGUACAACCAAGUAUGGACCUUUUGCUUGUCGUGUCUUUUGUUGUCGCAUCUGCAGGGCUGUUAUGGAUGCUGCGAAAGUUCUUUGAGGGAGGAUGGUGCUACAGCAAGGCUCGUCUUGACGGUAAGACGGUCCUCAUCACCGGUGCAAACACCGGUAUAGGCAAGGAGACAGCAAGAGAUCUCGUCAGGAGAGGUGCUAGGGUGAUAGUGGCGUGCCGUGAUAUUGCCAAGGCUGAAGCAGCCGUGGCUGACAUCCGCAAAGACACCGGCAGCGACAAUCUGGUAGUGGUCAAACUAGACUUGGCUUCCCUGGCCUCGGUGAGAGAAUGUGCAAAGAAGAUCAAAGCAGAGGAGCCCAGACUUAACAUUCUCAUCAACAAUGCGGGUAUCAUGAUGUGUCCCGCAUGGAAGACAGAAGACGGGUUUGAGAUGCAGUUUGGUGUCAACCAUCUGGGCCACUUCCUUCUGACUAACCUCCUGUUGGAUCUCAUCAAGUCUUCAGCCCCAGCCCGCAUCGUCAACGUCUCCUCCAUUGGCCAUGAUUUCUUUGGUAAGAUGUGGUGGGAAGACAUCAACAUGAGGACCAACUAUGACCCGAUUGCAGCCUACGGCCAGAGCAAGCUUGCCAAUGUGCUCUUCACAAGGGAGCUGGGCAAACGUCUCAAAGGUAGUGGAGUGACUACUUAUGCCCUGCAUCCUGGUAAUGUGUCUACAGAGCUCAGUCGUUACGUGGCGGAUGCUGUGAAUUUGCUCUGGCGGAUUAUCACUAGAUUCAUGUCCACGCCCUUUGGCAAGUUCAUGACGAAGACGCCAGUGCAAGGGGCUCAGACCUCCAUCUACUGCGCAGUGGCUGAGGAGCUGGCAGAGACAACUGGUCUUUAUUUCAGCGACUGCGCUCCGGCCAAGGCCAGUAAACUUGCUAUGGACGACGAUUCAGCUCGCCGACUGUGGGAACUCAGCGCUGAGAUGGUUGGCCUGGAGAAGAAAGUCGAGUAAUACGGUGACGUGCCUCAAUGGGGAAAUGAGAGCUAGUUGGGCCUGAAGACAAUUAAGCGGUAAAUGCAUAAAAAGUCGAGUAGAGCUUGUUUUAUGUUAGGCCUCAAGCAUUUAGAUAAUGAGAAGGAUUUAGACUGAAAUGUUGUUUUAUUAAAAAAAAAAUCGGCUGUUUAGUUAUGAAGUUUCAUCAACAUCCUUUGAGGAGUGUUUGCAAUUCAUGUAUUUUCUUUUCUACCUGCUUUCUGCUGUGUUUGUUCUGUUUUAUUACCAGUUAUUACAACGUAGAAAUUUGAACUGUAAAGUGUUUUUAACUGUAGUUACAGAUAAUAAUUACAUCUUUCAAAAUGCUAAACUGUAAAUCUUUCAAAGAGCUUAAACAGGGAAAUAUUCCAAAAGGGAUGCACAUUAUAUUUUUAGUAUUGAAAUGAUUCGUAGAGAGUUUCCCUCAUUUCUUUUGCACGAAUGUGCCCAAAGUAACACAUUUAUAUUGUCUUACAUUUAGAUUUAUGUCUGUACAUGUCGAUUUGUGCAACGAAAUUCAUGAAUUUCCGUUGCUAUUACUUUCGAUUCAAAAGUUGCCCUUUUUAGCCUCUCCUGUAAAAUCCUUCAAUCUGCACUCGGGAUAUGAUUCUCAUUCAGCUGGUUAGUGUCGUGACAUCGAGGUCCUAUAGUGAUGCUUAAUCUUCGCAGUAUAAUGACAAUUUUUUCAAUCACCUUUAAUAAACUAUCUCAGACAGCAUAAUUUCACCAGGUAUUCCAGAACCGGUCCUUUCUUUACUUUUUUUUUCUCAUCCAAUCGGUAGGUUCGUUCGAGUUAAUACCAAUGUUCCUAGUGGAUUUAUUUGGCAUAAUAAUGUACAACUACAAAAAAAAGAGGAACUCUUGCUCCUAAUUAUUGCUAUUGGGAGUAUUUUUGCUCUCUAUUUUAUUUCCGCAACGCCCAAAGCGCUUGUAGAAUGUGUCGAAACUGUAAGAAAAUAAAUAGCAGGAAGUGUGUGUGAACUAAUCUAUUUUCUAAUCAACCGUGAUAUCCUAAACAUUUCAAUAGAAGCAGAUUUUUAUCUGAUUUGGAAUUGAUCAA